UUGUUUGUUUUUUUUAUUAUCAUGACUACACAUCUCCCACUGAUAGAAGGAAGCACUUUAAACAGCUUAUUUAUUUCACCUCAGCGCUAUCUCAUCCUGCUGUUUGGACCUCCAGGUUCCCUCACCUCAUCCAAGGGGAACCAACAGAGCACAGGAGACUGGGAUCUAUCGGGAAGUCAAAGCUAUGGUCUUCCAGGAGAUGAAGUCUACCAGAAACCCAUAGCACAACCAGACACGGUGGCACAUGCCUGUGAUCUCAGCACUUGUUAUCUGGAGAUGGGAGAAUCAGGAGUUCAAGACCAGCUUCCACUUUCAUAGCAGCUUGGAGGCCAGCCUGAGCUAUGUGAAAUGUGCCUUGAGGAAAAAGGAGUCAGUGAAAGCCACAAAGGCAUAUAUGCAAUAUAGACAUUUCUAGUUGCCAAUAUGAGCUGGACCCCGGUGGAACAGAAUUGUAAAGGGACAUUUGAAUAUUGACAGUGAACUCACUAAUAGGUUGCUAAAGUUCUUCCUCAAAUUAUAUAGUUAUUAUUAUUAUCGUGUGUAUGUGUGCAUGUGUAUAUGCAUGUGUAUGUGUGUCCUUGUGUAUGUGUGUAAUGUGUGUAUGCAUAUGUGUAUAUAUGUGUGUGCUUGUGUAUGUGUGCAUGUGUAUGUAUGUGUGCAUGUGUAUGUGUGUCCUUGUGUAUGUGUGCAUGUGUGUAUGCAUGUGUAUGUGUGUGCAUGCAUGUAUAUGUAUGUAUGCAUAUGUGUGUAUAUGUGUGUAUACAUGUGUGCAUGUGUAUGUGUGUGCAUGUGUGCAUAUAUAUGUAUGUGUGUAUAUGUGUGUAUGCAUAUGGGUGGGUGCAUGCGUAUGUGUAUGUGUGGGUGCUGGUAUCCUGGCAAAGAUGUAGAAAUCAAAGGACAACUUUGUAGAGUAGAUUCUCCCCUUCAAUUAUGUAGGUCCGGGGGAUAGAACUCAGGUCUUUGGCAGCAGUUGCCGUUGUGAUGAGGUAUCACACUGGCCCAUGCUAAACUUUUUAAUGACACUGUGGUUGUAUGGAGGAAUUUCUCAUUCUGAGGAGAUAUAUGUUGUCGGAUUUAUGGAAGAGAGAGCAGAUGGCCCAAUAGUCAACAAAAGUCAAAAACUCACAAAGGCAUUCAUGCCAACAUUUCUUCACAGUAUCAAUAAAUUUGAACGUUUCUCAUAAUAAGGGUGAGAAAAAUAUUAAAAGAUAAAAAGAGAGAAAAUAAAUAUUAGUAGUAUGUUUAAGUUAGUCCAGGGUUCCCAAAACAUUAUCUGAGCACAGAGUCAACAUAAAAUACUAAGUAAUAUUUCACAUUCCUUCAUAGUGAUGUGAAGUCUUUUAUACAUAUAGCACACCUCAGCCAGGGCUGACCACGCAUAACUAGACAGCUGUUCUAGGGAUGUAUUGUAAGGGAGAAGGUAGGACAGGAAGGGGUGUGUGUGGAACAUGAAAGUAGGUGGGGAUAAAAAGGCCUGACUUUGUCCACAGGGCAGGGGAAUGCCUAGGGACCGUGAUGGCUUGUCCACAGGGCAGAGGAAUGUUUAGGGACCAUGGUGACUUGUCCACAGGGCAGAGGAAUGUUUAGGGACCAUGGUGGCUUGUCCACAGGGCAGAGGGAUGUUUAGGGACCCUGGCAGCUUGAUCUUUGACUCAGUUUUGGGAAGAGCACAGGGCUGGAAUCCAAACACUCCAAUAACCCCAGCCUUGUGACGGUUAAACUCUCCAACCCUUAGAAAUCCUUUUUACCUCUUCGUUUGUAUCUCCUUCCCAACAUUUGUCCCAGUGAGUUGUUAUCAAAUUGGUUGAUCUGGAGUAAUUUCUAGGGGAUAGGAGUGGUGGUGGUGAGUACAUAUUGCUGGAGCUGGGAAGAUGGCUCAAGGGUUUCUUGCUGCUCAAUUUGCUGCUCUUGAGGAAGACUCUGGCUGGGUUGUCAGCAUCCACAGGAAGACUCACAUUCCCAUUCCCCGGGAUCCAAUACCCUCUUCUGCCCCUUUAGGCAUUACACACAGUGGGGCACAGACAUACAGGCAGACAACACAACCAUAUACAUAAAAUAAUUAGAAAAUAAAGUUGAGGGGUUAGAAGAUGGCUCAGCUGUUAAGAAUGGUCGCUGCGCUUUCAAGUAGGAGUCAUAGCACAUCAUGUUGAGUAACUCCCGACUGCCUACAAUUUGAAUUUCAGGGGAUCUAUCUGAGAGAAACUGUACAUGUGUACACACACACACACACACACACACACACACACACACACACACACACAUUUUUUUUUUAAAAAGGGAGGAGAUCUUAAAAUUGAAAUCCAGUAUCACACAGGCUCUAGGUAGUGCUCAGUUUCUGCAUUAGGAGUGCAAGAAAGAUCCGCACUGGCAGGGGAGGGAGGGGAGGAAGGGGAGGCAGGGGCGGCAGGGGAGGUAGGCGAGUAAAGAAAGGUCAGAGGAGAGGAACGUGCAUUUGGGCAGUCUCAACGCCACUUGCUGGACUUUGAUGCUACUGCGGGCCUCCUAGCUCUACGGCUCUCACCUGCUCAGCCUGACAGGAAGCGGCUCCUCCCCAACGGUCCCACCCCUCUGUAGCCAAGAGAUUCCAGGAAACCCCAUUUCCAAGUGACCUCAUGAUGCAAUACGCUGCUCCCCACCCAAGGAACGGAAGGCGACAGGAGUGGAGAGCUAGGUCACCUGCAGCCACUGGGAAACGCUGGGUAGUCAAGACGCCCUGGAGUUUGGACCUGCUUUGCUGCUGGGUUCUGGGCGUGGCUCAGGCGCAGCCAGGUGACCUCGGUGAGCUGACAUUCCUGCCUUUCUUUCAGCCUCGGAUUCCUUUGCUUCUGUGACAGUGACGCACUUAAAAGUGACUCAGUUUCAGGGAAAGGAAAUUGGUGUGGAGAGAGACAGAAGACUGCGUGGACAGGCAGAGGAAGGCACGGUGAUGCCCUUAACCCGGUCCCUGCGGGGACCCCACCAAGUAGCCUGUACUGUCUGCACCCGGCCCCUGCAGGAUGCGGUGACCAUAGCCUGUGGACACGCUGUCUGCCUACUCUGCCUCCCGCGCGCCCCAAUGGGGGCCCAGCUGCUGUGCCCGCUCUGUCAGGGGGCAGAAGAGGAGAAAAUCCAGACCGCAGUGACUCCGGUAUCCCUAGGUCCCCUGAGCGAGACCUGCUGCGAAGAGCACGGAGAGAAGAUCUAUUUCUUCUGCAAGACAGACGCGGAGCUGCUCUGCGUGUUCUGCAGGGAGGGCCCCGCCCACCAGGCACACACUGUGGGGUUCCUGGAUGAAGCCAUCCAACCCUACAGGGAUCGUCUCAGGAGUCGGUUAGAAGCUCUAAGAAUGGAGAGGGACAAGAUUGAAGAUAGGAAAUGUCAAGAAGACCAGAAGCUCCAGGAGGUUCUGAUGCAGGUUGAAAGCAAGAAGCAACAGGUAGAAGCUGCUUUCGAAAGGCUGAAGCGGGAGCUGGUGGACCAGAGGUGCCUCCUGUUGACCAGGCUGGAGGAACUAGAACAGCAGAUCUGGAAGGAGAGGGAGGAGUACAUCACGACGGUCUCCCAGGAGGUCGACCGGCUGGGUGCCCAGGUUGAGGAGUUAGAGGAGAAAUGUCAGCAACCAGCAAGUGAGCUUCUGCAAGAUGCCAGACUCAACCAGAGCAGGUAUGAGAUGAAGACUUUUGUGUGCCCAGAGGCCAUUUCCUCUGACCUCAUCAAAAAGAUUAGAAACCUCCACAGGAAAAUACUCUGCCUCCCAAAGAUGAUGAGGACAUUCUCAGGUACAAGGGCUCCGGAUCCCAUUAGGUGUUCUACCUUCCACCUGUCUCCACCUUUCGACUUCAAAACCUGGUUCAAACCACCAAGCAUAGUGGCACCUGCCUGCAAUGUCGGCACCAGGGAGACCGAGGCAGGAGGAUCUUAAGUUUCAAGACAGCUUGGACUACAUAGUGAAACCCAAACAAAAAUAAGCAAACAGCUUGGGUUAAGCGUCUUCUCUCCUUGCACCUUCCUACAAGACCUCACUCUACUCAGAGAGCAAUUCCCCAGAUUGUGGUCUCCUCUAUCCAAGGACCAGGAGAUACACUUCUCUUAAGUCUUGUAUCCCUAUCCUCACACUGUAGUCAGGAUAUCCUCCCCUUGGGAGUAUCUGUAGGAGAUAUUAAGUCUCACAGAUCUUUGUUUCUGCUUUCUUCAGAAAACUUGAUGCACCAUCUGGAAACAGAUUCAGGUAAUCAGCAAGUGCUCGGGGUUGGGGGUUGGGGGUUGGGGGUUCCCUUGAUAUCCAUUCCACCCAUGGCCACCAACAGCAAUGAAAUGUGCUCACCUAGACCCUGACUGUGUGGGGGUCUUGGGUCUAUUAAGCCUUUUCUCUCCACCAUUGCUCCUACACUAUAAAUCCAUUUGAGGAUUAAAUGAAUUUAUACAAGGAGCUCAGCACAGUACCGGGCACACAGUGACUGGUGAAUGUUCUCAGUUAUGUGUAGAUAUUUGUCCAGAAUUAUGCAAGACUUUCUGUAGAUCUGAACAAAUAUCAUGUAUUAAAAACCUAGUCAUUUGCUGGUCAUGGCGACACAGUUACAAUCCCAGCACUUCGGUGGUGGAGGCGGUCAGACUGCCUCAAGUUUGAGGUCAGCAUGGGCUAGAGUUAGUUUUAGGCCAGCCUCAGCUACAAAGACCAUUUCUAGGGGUGGGAUGUAGGGAAGGGCUGGGGUCUAGGGAUGUAUUAAUAGCUUCCUACUAGGGCUUGCUUGCCUACCAUGCAUAAAACCCCAGUGCCACAAAAAAGGGACCUGGAGAGGAAAGAGCAAAAUUAACAUUUACUUUCAAAUUGGCGCUUAAUUGUUCCCAGAAGCACUUGCCUGUUCUUAUAUUGAUCCCUACUUCUCUAACGUACUGUAGAAACUUUAUCCAGACACCUGGUUAAAAUGCAGGCUCUUGUUGGGGUAGUCUAGGGCAGGGCCCAAGAUUUUGUGCUUCUUAACAGGCUCCUAGGUACUGUGCUGCUGCUGCUGUCCUGGCUACUUCACUUUUAAGAAACAAAUCCUCUGACACAGCUAUCACUUCUGUCCUCCAGAAACAGAAGCCUAGGAAGCAGGCAGCAAUGGACUAUGUGUCAUCCUGAAGUGAGGGUAGGGGGUCACUCUGGAUCCUCAGACCAAAACCCGGAGCCCAAUCCUCUCUGUAAUGGCCACCCGAGUGGCAGCUGCACCGUAAGAGUGGCCCCAAGGUGAGGGGAUGGCAGGACCUGGGCACUGAGGACAGUGUCCUCGCUGUGACACUUUUCCAACUGGCUAGCACCCAUCUGCCACGCAAAUGGAGACACACCUGUUCUUUGCGGCGUAGACGUGGUCACAGACUACCAGGUAUGGGAGAGAUCCUGCAAACGUCAAAUACCAAGGCACCAACCGCCAUCUUUUUCCAACCCUGUCCCACCUGGACAAAGUUCCUGCCGGCCGUAGAAAGACUGAAGUGGAGGCAGUGAAUUGUGGCAGACAAGACAGCAGCCGGAAACCCAGCUCUGUGCCUAGCAUUCAAAAAUGAGGUUGGAACUUAGGGUCUUGGAGUCUUGUACAGUUUUUAAUGUGUUAAUCCAGUACUGUCAGCACCCUGCAAUCCCGUUCCUGGACACGGUGAUCUCUCUGGAGAGCCAGAAGCAGACAAGGAAGGCAUUGCUCUAGACACCAAGCAAAGCUAUAAGCCAAUGGGAUUUAACAAAGUAACUGUAAAAGUUUCAAAAUGACCAUUGUAGGGUAACCAGGGCUGUUUGGCUUGUACUAAUUUAUAAUGACUUUUGGACACAAAGCUGGAGAUGCUUUGGGGCCUCAACAAAUCUGGGUGGACCCCAAAGUGUCCCUUCAGGUCAUUUCUCUAGGUUUUAAGAGAAUGUUUUAAUAAAAUAAGCCAAGGGCCUUG